AAUCAUAUAAGGAUGUAGCGUUGUUCUGUCGAGCAGACUCUUUGUCAUGUUUUAGAGAGACUGAGGCUUUUAAGUUACUUCCACCUAGCAGGAACAAUUGCAUGUGCUUGAGAUUUAAUAAAAACCCAAUCGGAGGAGGCCAAUAAAGUAAGUGGUGGGAGGUUAUUGCAGCUACGCCUGCUGACCUCACCCCUGUGGACCAACCUGUGGGAUUCCCCCUGGCACACAUUCAUUCACUGGCUGCCAUUAAAGCUCUAAAUUGUGGCACCAAGGCAGCCCAUAGAGCCUGGUUUGUUCCCCCCUGCUAGUAAUAUUAUUAAUACAACUCCUGGGGUGCCAGAGGGGUUGAGAAGGGUUGAUGGAAGGUUAAGAGUGAGGUGGUGAGUGGAUGCAGGAAUCGGCAGGGACCAAGAAGCCUUUUGUAGUUCACCAUGAAGUCAGUUUUUUUUUUUUUUUUUUAUGUCAAGCUAAAAGACUCAGAUGUCAUGAAAAUAAACUAAAACACUUUUACUGGCAAUGGAAACACAUCUUGCUUUGUAAUUUUCUUUGAACUAUUCUGGCCAGUUCUUUUUCUCCCCCUCUUCUUUUAAAGCAAGCGUUCCUGACAUGACAUGACUUUGUGAAGCAGAUGGGGAACAUGUCCUGCACUGGUAUGUGGGUUGAUUUUCUACCAGGAGACACAAAGCCUGACUUCUCAACAUUUUGUCACAGGCUUGACUGGAUUUCAGACACCCCAGUAGAAAGAAACAUAGAUAAACAUGGGGGAGGACGGGGUCUACGCCACUAAAUGCCGUCUUUAAACUUUUCUCAGGACUUUGAGAGGUCAUUAAUUUUGCUAGCCUUUUCUUAGUUUCUGACACUGGCCAUCAAUCAAAGGUGUUAUUAGUAUUCGCUCGACCCCAAACUCUGAGUAUGUCCCUGCUCAGACAGGGACCACACACUAGUAGGAAGAGAUUAAGCCUGUGUGUGUCACAUCACAUUGCACUGAGCACCCUUCUCCCUUGUGGUUGGGUCCUGCUGAAUAAGUAAAUUCUCAGGGACAGAGGGUGUGCUGGUAAUGUUUAACAAUAUCUCAACAAUAUGGAUCUGUAUACUUAACAACUUGCUGGUUGUGGGAAAAGGCACAGCAGAUUACCAAUGUUUUUCUCCAAAUUUAAAUUCCCCAAAGGUCCAAACAUAAUGAGUUUUUGAAAAUUCAAUCAAUAUUUUGACCUCCUGUGAUUAACGCUAACAGAAACACUAAUACUAUUAUAGGAAUUUAAAAAAAGAACUUAUAAUUAACCUCACACUUAAUUUUAUGAGAGUGGAAACAAGUCAAAAGCUCCUCAGUUGUGCUCUCAGCUCAUACAUUUUUUCCGAGCUGGUCUGCCACAGCCCAUCCCCUCUCGCCCUCUCAGCUUUUAUACAACAAUAGAAACUUGUUUCCGGGAUCUGUGCGUCAGGCUCUGGGAUGUGAAUGACCCCACCAGCACAAAAGCCAAAGCCCCUUGACUGGGGAAAAAAGGGGGAUAUGUCUGCUGUGACUGUGAUGAUGUCACUUUGCCAAAAUUGUGCCUCUAGCAAAGAGAGGGAGGCAAAUUCACUUCGGGCAGGCGUUUUAAAGCUCAGUACUCCUCCACUGAAUCCAUGAGAUGUCGUAAUAUGGCUGAGGCUGACCUCUAUGUCCUCCAACUGUUAUCACUGUAAUGAACUGAAAGUUUUGAAUUUACGAAUAAAUGACUGUAAUGCCAGGAGAAACAAGUAACAACUGUAGUCUGCAGUCUCCCGAAAUGGAUUCUUGUUUUUUCUAGGUAAUAUCAGAAGGUCUUUCAUGGCCAGCUGUAUAAACAGAAAGAUAUUCUUUGUUUUGUAACCAUUUGUUACCAUAGAUUUGAGUUUUUCUGGAUUUCUUUUCAGUCACAGACUUGUGUUGGGCCACAGAUAAUUAGAUCAGUGCUAUCAGUUUCACUGUCCCUUUUUUCCCCAAGAAAUUAACAUAAGAAAGAAUUUUUUAACAGCCUCGCUCCCUCGGUGCUUCAGACUUUAUUUUUCAUCCCUCCAACUCUUAAAUGAGUCGCUGCUUCACCUCAACAUGCACUUUUGUAAGAGGAGUGACCUUCUUUCAAUAUUUCAGCUGCAGCAUCUCAACAUCAAAUAAGAAUAAUACAUGAAUGUUUAAUGUAAUCAGACUUCUGCAUUCUCCGGUAAACAAAUAGAAAAUAUGUGCAGAGUGUAACAGUAAGUUACACAUUUUUAGUGUAUAGUUAAACUAUGUCUAACAGUCCAUUCACUCAAAAUUCACUUGAAAUUCCACUUAAAUAUAAGUGCUGGCAACAUAACAAUCUGGCUCUUGGACACAUCCUUCAUUGUAUUCACUGCUGGCCAAGAAACUUCCUGUAAAUACGUUAUUGUUUACAACAGAAGUUUCAUACCCAGGAUUUCUUAAGGUCAACAUUUCUUCUGGCACACUGAGUCUGAACUGCACUUUAUUCCCCUUUAAUUUAACAGCUCCGGCAGCUUUUCUAGUUAAAUCGACUGUUCAUUAUUGAGACCCAUUUUACGAAGGGGCUGUGAGGUGCAAUUUAAUGAAUCUCUGGCACAAAGCUCCCUUUCACUGCCGGGCGAAGAAUAGAGGCUAUUUAGACCCUGUAGGGCUUUAUGUCAAAGGCAGCCCAUAAUAGUUGUCAGGCCAGGGCAGAAAUUCCCACUGGCCUGGGAAUGCACUAGAAAUCAACUUUUGCCAUGAGCAGAUUAAGACACAAGCAAGCAGUUGGGGAGAUCCUCCCAAAUUGUGGCAUCUGUUUGGGCACAAAGAUUUUCCCACAGAAAAGAAGCCUUUCUCACUACUGUAUGGCCUUGAUUUGAUAGUUGGGUUUGUUUCAGUGCCUAAAUUAACAGUAAUUAGAUUACAAGUUAACGAACAUUUGGUAAUCCAGACAGGAAACACAUACAUAGGCAUGAUGAUUGAAUAGUGGUUAAAAUGUUUUGAAAAGCAAGCAGGAAUCACAUGAAUAAUGCCACUGAUUAGUUGAGGAUUUUUGUGGGAUAUUUAACUUAAACCUUUUUUCGUUUAAAUAUUGUUUGCCUGAUAAUCAUGCUUAACAAAACAGGAUAUUUUUGUUUUAAGUUUAACACUUUAGAGAACAUUUUCAUAUAACAAUUCUGACCAGCAAAAAUACUCGACCUAUCAGGAUUUUAAAGGCUUUUCAGCUCACUGUUACAGUAAUAACCUCCAGUUUCAUGAAAGCGUUUUUGGUUCAGAGCACACACAAACAGUUAAACUAGAGGGGGAGAGUUCUGACAGAGGUUAUUGUCUUCAACUCAGCAGGGAAUUUCAGACAAAUCCCUCUUAGAUGCAGGUGGUCAGGCACAAGCAAAGAGUUAAUCCUGCGGUCUCUUUGCCCCUCCUCUUUGAUGUUCUGACAUCAUUAGUCCAGCCCCCUGAAAGAUCUCCUUUUUCCUCAGAGCCCGUCACUUCUACUCUGGAAUGUUUACAGGAACUUAAUGAGCAGCAUCAGGACCAAGUGUUUGUCAGAGGAAAAAAGACAUGCUCUGAAGAAACUUUUGGUUCAGGGAUCACAGCAGACGCCACAGGUGUAGCUGCUGGGCUCAACAGAGUAAUGGCUGUUCAGACUGCAAUCAUGAACCCUCAGUUCAUGAAUUUCUGCUUCCCUGGUUCUGUGAUGGAGUACGACAUGGAGAAAAGUCUGGAUGGGAGUCUCCUCGGUGAGGCAGAAAAUGAAGAGGACUACAAAGAGACCACUAGGGACUUGCUGAGCUUCAUAGACUCAGCCUCCAGCAAUAUCAAGCUGGCUCUGGACAAGCCAGUGAAAUCCAAGAGGAAAGUCAAUCACCGGAAGUAUCUACAGAAGCAGAUCAAGAGGUGCACUGGCAUUAUAACACCAGGAAACGUAGCAGAAGCCCCAGUUAAAAGACAGGGUUCCCCCCUGGCUCAGCCCAGCCCUUUGCAGAGUAAAACUCUACCUAAGCGUGAUGGGGUCCAGGCCAACUUACAGAGCAAGAGCUUGGCAGCCCUCUUCAGCCCUGUGAAGGAUAUAAGGGGUGAAAAAGCCAAGAAACCACCCCUGAGGCAUCGCAAUCUGCCCCCCUCUUUCUUUACUGAGCCUGCUAACUGCUCCAAAGUCAGCUCCACAUCUGGGAUGACACUGAAGGACUUGGAACGAGGCAAUCCUGAGGCUGCAGAGUUCUUCGAACUCUUGGGGCCUGAUUACAGCAACAUGGUCAGUGACCAGGACCUUUAUCAAAGCAUGCCUCUCCGGGUGCAGACAGAGAUGGGAGGCCCAGAUCCUGCGUCCUACGAUGCUCACCAUGUAGUUGGUGGUCUCCUCUACUCUGAGCCCUGGACUAGCUGCUCAGGACCCUCUAAGAAACUAGGGGGGAGCCUUCGUACAAGCCCAGCUCAGCCUCCUGUCUACUGUCCCUCUGAAGCAGCUGGGCCCAUAGAGGACAACGCACUGUGCACUUUGGCCUUCCCGAACUUCUUCACAGACUGCUCCAUACCUCAGGUCACUUAUGAUUUAAGUGGUGGUUAUAACAGAGCUAAUUAUUCAUCUCUAUGACAAAACUGUGUUGUUUAAAAGCAGAUAAAAUUGGCAUGACAAGUUUAAUACUAGUCCAAGAGUUUGAUAUUACUGUAUCAUAUUUGUUUAUCUGUUGUGGAAGUAACAUUGGACUGGAUUGAAACAUUUUGUACCAUCUCCUCUCAACAACAAUGUGUGUCCUUUUCCCUGAGAAUACAAGGAACUUAAAAUGUUUUGUCAUAAAAAAUGUCCAAAGCUUUUCAAGUAACUGGAUAUCAUAUACUUUUCAACAUCCCAGUUUCAUUUGCUACACUGUUAAAUUGUUUCACAUGUGGAUAUGAUUUUCUUUAUCUCAGGCAAUUUCUAAUGACAUUCUGAAUGAAAAUACAUCUGAUUUUGGGUAUGCUUCAGUUUUGCCACCAGAGCGAACGUGUUCAUUAGGAUGUAUCUUAUUAAUUUGGGAAUUUAUUAAUGAAGACAAUUCAUUCAAUCAUUUUCACAUUUUACAAAAAGAAAACAUACAAGGUGCAGAAAUAGUUGUUGGUUAAGCCCACUAAACAUCACUUAUUGCCAGAAAAUGAUAUUAUAGAACUGUUUGUCACAUUUGACAAAACAUGCUGCAACAAUCUCUCAGCGAGGCACUUUUUCGUUCCUGUUAGUAACAGUUCUGUGCAGACGUAGAGGGGAAAACUCACUUUGCUGAAACAAUGAUUACAAUGUGUGAUGCCAUGUUUGUUUUACAACAUUUUACAGCUCAGAAAUAAUUUUCAGCUGGCAGAUUUACCACUUGUAUCCAUUUUGGUGGAAAAGCCUUUAAUGUAUCUAGCUAUUGUAAGAAGACAAAAUAAAGCUGGUCUUUAUUACUGUAA